AUGGCGAGCCCUGUCAUGGGUCUGAGGCUCCACACUGUGCCUGGCCUGACCUCCGCUGGUUUUUCUCGCCGGUUGCCUCUCAGUGAGCUUCGGGGAAGGGAAGGUCAGCGGUGGUGGAGAGCGGGGAUUAGAGCAGAAGCGAUGGCCACGGAGAGGUUGGGCGUGAAGGUCUUGAAGAACGCCCCCGAGGAGAAGCUUGCUGAGCUCGGCGUCAGGAGCUGGCCCAAGUAAGGAAUCUCAGGACUUCUGUGGAUUUCGGCUCUCAAUCUUUGAUAUUCCCUGAUUUUCUCUUCAUUACUUCGAGAAAUUCGAUGCGUGUGUAGUGGAGACAAACCUCGGUGGAUCUCUCUGUCCGUUGGAUUUUGGCUCUCUUUCGGUGUGGUUUGCCAGGGUUUUAAUAUUCCCUGAUUUUUCGCUUCGUUGCUUCUAGAAAUUCGACGCGUGAGUAGUCGGUGCAAACCUCUUGUUCUACUGAGCCUUGAUCUUCGUCGUCACUGAUUUCCUUUAGAGGGAAUAUUUUAUUUUAUCCAUUAUCACAGCGCAAUUAUAUCUGGCAUCUAUUAAACAAUCGUAAUUAAAUCUCCCUCGAUCCAUUAUUUUUUUUUUCGUCUCAUACAACAUAGACUAGGCUUCUGAUUGAUUUGUUUUUCUAAUAAGAAAAAAUGAAUAAAAAGAUAAAGUAGAUUUGAUGGCUUUAAAAGGAAAAUAUAUUCAUGCUAAACCAACUACGAAACGCUUCUGUAGAAUGUCGAGCUUCUGUUUGCACGAUUGCUUGCAUGCGAGAGUGGUUACGUGUGUUAAAAGCGAAGGUCUGGUUGGGAAAGGAUCUAUUAUUAAGCCAUCAUCUUAUCUUAAAAGGAACUUCGUCUGCAUGGGAGAGUUUGAACGAUCCCUUCAUCCCCUUAUCAGAUCUUUCCACUGGAGUGACUAAUUUGUGUCGAAGCACUGAGACCUUUCAGUUGCUUGCAUAUGGUCAACGAGUCCCUGCCAUCUAUCACAAUUUUUUUGUGUUCUCCUUUUUAGUUCAUUGAAGUCAACUUUAAUAAGUGAUUUCAGAAUAAAAAGAACCUUAAACUUACAGUUACUGAGUCAUUUUAUGAUCAUUAGAGGGGACUACUGAGGAGGAUUGUAAGUGUGAGGGUACACAUACUUUCAAAGACCAUAGCCAUCAACCGCAACCGCUCUUUCAAAUUUUAAAAAUCUUCAAUCGCUACGAAGGGGGAGAUCAGUGCUUUAAGUCUUUUUUGUUGUGGUCAAUUUAAUCCCUUACAGUGAUCGAGGGCUGGUUUUUUAAAAGCAUAAAACGCACUGAGCACGAGUAUUAAAUGCGGAUUUUGAAGAAAUCUUGGUAACACAUCCCACAUAUUUAUUCUCUUUCCACUGCUGAAAAUUCUUAUUUUGGAAACGGUUUAUUGAUAACAUCUAUGCUACACGAGUUAUCUGACUAGGAAUGAUGCUUGAUCUUGAUAUGUUUUGUUCUCACAUGAACAUCUAGAUUCAUUUCCUAGCUUGACUACGUGGUGUUUUUACAAGUUAAAAUACUUGGAUUCUACAAGAAAUUUAUUGUUCAUGUUGAAUUGGUCAAGUUGAUUUGGAUCAUUACAAAACUCAAUUCCCGUGCUGGUGGGAUUUCAUGAAAAGUGUACGUAGAGUCUCAUUAUCUCUACUCAAGUCUCCACUGUCUAGGUGAAGAGAAAAUAUGCUUUUUGCCAAGGAUUGAAUAAAUUUCAUCCCAAAAAUUAGCCCAGGUGAUUGCCCUUUGGAUAGUUUUUCAUUGGAAUCUAGAAUGGUUGCCAGCAGUCAUAAAUCAAUGCAGUUCAGUUGACCCAAGGAGAUCGACAUUCUAGAGGUCUGAUGGCAUGUAUAAAAGUCUUUAUAUUUGAAUGAGAUUUUAAUUUGUUGAUUUCCUUUGCCAAAAUCCUCGUCACACAUAAAAUUGGAGUCAAAGGUGAUGUUUUUGGCGAUCCUUUAGAAGAUCCAAGGCUUAACAAGGCCUUAUAUUUUAUUAUUAGUUGAAAUUCUUCAUGAUAUUUGCCAAUGCAUUUUCAUCUCUAUGUUUAUUUCGUCAAUUCUUUUACCAAAAAUAAAAUGAAAGGGGUGACUAACAGAAGAUCCGAAACAAAGGUUUUCUCCAUGCCCUAUCAAUGAAAAGGGCUCAGACAAAGUUUUCUCUUGACCUCUUAUUCUUGUAAAUGUAGUUCCUCUCUCUCUCUUUCUGUUUCUCUCUCUCUCACUCUCACACAUUCUUGUGCGCUCAUACACCAUGUAUUCAUGGAGUGGAUGACAUGGUAUGGUUCUCUCUACUUUGUGAUGAACAGAUGGGGUUGCCCACCGAGCAGAUUCCCAUGGGAGUACACUUCCAAGGAGACAUGCUAUCUUCUUCAAGGGAAGGUGAAGGUGUACCCUGAUGGGCAUGGAGAUGAGUUUGUCGAGAUUGAGGCUGGAGAUCUGGUGGAGUUCCCUAAGGGCAUGAAGUGCACUUGGGAUGUCUCUGUCACCGUUGACAAGCACUACGACUUUGAGUGA